AUGGGGCUGGUACAGGAGCCCCCGGUGGGAGGUGGUGGAUGGUCUCAGAUCCUAACGUCACCCACCCUGCUGGAGGGGGACCUCAGAGCAGGCUGUAACCAUGAGGACUGGACUGAUUUCCUGCACUUUAACCUUUUUCAGUUAGAGCAAGGUGGGUCUUGUUGUGGGGGCUUCCCAGGUGGCUCAGUGGUAAAGAAUCUGCCUGCAAUGCGGGAGACGAGGUUUGAUCCCCGGGUCAGGAAGAUCCCCUGGAGAAGCAAACGGCAACCCACUCCAGUAUUCUGGCCUGGAGAAUCCCAUGGACAGAGGAGCCUGGAAAAUACUGGAGUCCACAGGUGGUUCCCAGACUUGACUCCAGCAGCGAAACCCUCUCGUGACUCACGACAGAGGCUCCCUGCGCCGAGUCCAGAGGGACUGAGACACCCUCUGUGA